AUGGCAUCUGUACAGAGAGGGGGCAAGUCUGCGCCGCGUCUUCUUUGUGAUAUCCAGCUUUAUGAUCCAGCACACGAUCCAGACACAGGCCGCAAUCUACUGUCAGAAACUCCGCCAGUUUAUCCCCCAGGCUAUGAUGGCCCGCUUGGAUUCAUAUCACCGGAAGCAUGCCAUCAUGAAUAUGUUUUGAAGGAGGACCAGACUUUUAUGGCAGAGCCAGAGCAUCGAAGAAGGCUAGGCACUUCUUCCAAAGUCUCAGCCAUCUGCACAAAAUGCCGCUAUCAUCUUCAGGUAGUGGUUAACUAUACCAGUCAUUCGAAUGCUUUCAGCCAGAACAAGCAGGACCACUUGCAUCAUUUGGUCUAUAAGUCAGGCCGGCAGAAGAAUGGCCUUUCUCCUCCUGAAGUAACCCACAAAGGGCAGGUCGCAGAGACAUAUCACUACCAAUGUUCCCAUGUCUCAUGCUCGGCUAUGGUGUCUUUGCGAAUUGUUUCACCCAUCCUAACCCCAGAGCUCAUUAACUUAAUGACAGAUAAGGAUUUGCUGCGGAAAAGAGCUGAAGAGGCCACAAAAGCAUAUCCUGAAUCCAUGGAAGGCAUGGGGGCACCUCAGCCGAUCAACGUAUUGGAUAAUCUGCGCCUGUACAUCACGAAUGCCCUGCGAAAUCCUCAGCGCAGCAAGCCUAUCUCAUCGGUUAAUAAGCGAUUCAUGCACUCUUUUGGUGUGGAAGGUGCUGCCUGUAAGGUGUUGCUCGAGUUCCUAGAGUUUGCUUACAAUAAGGACACUGGAGCGUGGCAUCCACCUAAACCGAGCCCUGACUCGGACAAACCUUACCAAGACACGCUGUGUCUCUAUCUUGAUGACCUGAUCCACGAACUUCUUGUCUUAAUUUAUCUCCGGCCAGCUGCAGAUCGGAGAGGAUGCCAGUAUCCUGAUCUCCCUCCCUCUGCAACUCCCAUCAUUCUUCGUGCCCUAGAAGCACACGACUAUCCGACUGCCAUGCGUUACAAUGAGUUUGCAAUGGCUUCUACUCCUUGCUAUGAGGACAUCGGGGUGUUGGAGAACUUUUCUACAGCGGCAAUCAUUGACAUGUACAAGCAACAGGUCUUAGUUGACUCCGGAAGAGCUUCGAUUUACUUGAGUGCUCUCAAGGCUAUCGGCAAUGUGCGCGGCGCUGGAGACCAGGAGCUCAUUGCGAUCGCUGUCAGCGAAGCUUACGCGAAUGGGCAGUACGAUCUUGAGGAUAUUGAAAAAGCAUAUCAAUACUUUGAUCUCCGCCUUUAUGACCCAUAUCUCACUGAAGAUAGCAUCAUUGGCAAAUUCUAUGCUUUUCUCAACUCUACAAACAAUGAUGUCGAGGCGCGUCUGCACUUGUGGCGGAUUGGUGAUUCCAGAAGAAGCGAGCGCAUUAAAGCAGCAUCGGAAGACCGUGUCUCUACGGUUGAGCAAGCAAAUGUCUUCUUGGGGGUUGAGGAUCAGACCCCGGAUGACUUUGUUAUGACGAUGUACACUGCAAAGAUCAACGAUAACCCGCUCAACAAAGAACUGGCGAAACGCGCUGUCUCACUCAUCGCAGAGGCCCGCAAAUCAGUCGCCUUGACUCAUUUCAUCAACACCGGAGAGAUGAUUGCCGGUGAAAUGGACAUUGGCGAUGCCUAUCGUCUCCUCCAAAUUCCUGAUCGAACUGCGGAUGAUGGGGCUAUCAUGGCCGCAUACACAAUUUGCGUCGAUGAAAACCCGAGUGAUGCUGAGAGAUAUAACCAGGCUCUAAACAUUAUCGCCAAACAGCUGGACAGUCCUAUGCUGAAAAACAUGACAGGCUUCUCCAGUGAACCGGACCGAAACAUGCAAGAUUGGCCAGUCGGGUUGCAAAACAUUGGCAACACAUGCUAUCUUAACAGUCUAUUGCAGUUCUAUUUUUCCAUCCGCCCUUUUCGCGAGAUGGUCUUGGAUUUUGAACGCUUCCAGAUGGACCUCGAUGACGUGACAGCUCUAGCAAACAAACUAGUCGGGUCAAGAAAAAUUUCCAAGAAGGAGGUUGAGCGAUCUCUUGGAUUCCUCAAAGAGCUCCGAACUCUGUUCCACAGCAUGAUUACGACGACUCAAAACUCUGUUACUCCCAGCCAGGAACUUGCUCGCUUGACCCUGGUCAGCCCAGGCGGCGAGGCGGCUAUCCGUCGUCGAUCGACCAUUACUGCUACCAGAACUGACAUCCUUGGUGAAAUCAAUGGUGCACCGGUUUUGGGGCCCCUCGGGCCCCCUCAACCCCUUCUCGGAGGUAGGAUGGAGCAUCCCUCAUCUUCUGAUCAAGUUAACCAUGCGCCUGUUGAAAGUCCGACUGCCAGCAAUUCAGGCAGCGAGGGAACAUUAGUCUCGAAUAACAGUCUUGAUGAUGUACCUGGGCUCUUCAUCGAUGAUAAGGAGAACAAUCCUCCGGACUUGGAUCAAGUUUCGGAUCAAGCAGAAGCAGGAUCUGACGUGGAUAUGAAUCUUAUCAACAAUGAUAGUACAUUGGUCACCCCACAAGUGCAUAAUUCUCCACCGCCUGUCCCUCCUCGCGCUGGCGAGAAAAUUGAUCCUCCGAAGAAAUUGAGCGACGAAGUUGAACUUGGCGCUCAACAGGAUGUAACCGAGGUUAUCAACAACGUUUUGUUCCAAAGCCAGUGCGCAAUCAAGCCUCGAGCCAUUGGUAGCGACGGCGAACAACUUGACCAGAUUAAGGACUUGUUCUACGGUACAACGCGCUCUUACAUCACCACCUCGAAAGGAACGCGCUCGAAGGACGAAAGAUGGUGUGACAUCAAGGUUCAUGUUGCAAAUGGACCCCGAGACAUCUAUCAUGCUAUCGAAGGAGCAUUCGAUGUUCAGGGCAUUACAGUUGACAAUGGUCCGGCGAAGCAAUUCGGUUCCAUUAGCCAGCUUCCGCCGGUUCUUCAAAUUCAGGUGCAACGGGUUCAGUUCGAUCCCGAUAAAAAAACUUCCUUCAAAUCGACAAACCAUCUCGAGCUGUUCGAGACCAUCUACAUGGAUCGAUACAUGGACACGAAGAAUGCCGAGAUUGUCAACCGGCGCACUCAGUCUUGGGAGUUGAAGGCCUCUUUAAAUGCGCUCAUGGCUCGCCGCAGAGAGCUUUCCGAGAAUAAGAAUACUGGUGUUGACAUGGCAACAUUGUUCCGCAAAACCCGUGCAACACUUCAAGAUCUGGACUCUAUUGGAAGUGAUCCUGGGCUUCGACCGGGAUCCGAGCCCAAUUCUCUCGAUAUUGGGGUCGAUGAAGACCUCCUAGGUGGGCUCGAGAACCUUACUUUGAAGGUAGAGAACGAUCUGCUAGCUCUGGAUCAAGAGAUUCAGGAUACGCAGACUAAAAUUUCGACCCUAUUUGCUGGUCUCCACAGUAUUCCCUACCGGCUGUAUGCUGUUUUUGUUCAUCACGGAUCGGUUUCAUUCGGCCAUUACUACAUCUACAUCUUCGAUUUCGAUAAAAAUGUUUGGCGCAAAUACAAUGACGAAUAUGUUACUGAGGUUCAGAACGUGGACGAAAUCUUCAAGAACGAUUCGACCAAUAACCCUCCCACUCCAUAUUUCCUUGUUUACGUCAACGAGGACAUGAAGGAACGUCUGACAAAUCCUGUCUGCCGUGAGAUCAACGAAACCAUGCCUGAUCUCCCCGAUCAGCAGCAACCAACCGCCAUGGAGGGUGUUCAUCCCACCACUCCCGCCGUGGACGCGAACCUGGAUCCUCCCAGCUACGAAGAAGCGGCUGCCCUCCAUAACGGACACCCAGAUACCAAUGCCGCGUCCAUCGAUGCAACGGCUGUCAACCCUCUGAAGCGCAAGAGUGUCGACGCCGAAGCCAGGCCAUCCCGUCCGAUCUGA